CAGACUGCGCUAAUGUUUCUUGCGCUAGGUUCAAGCAGCUGUUUAUGAGGGUUUCAUUUCAUUGAUCAGUGUUGUAAUCUGUUUUCUCGAGUUGCUAUUAAGCAUCGCUAGAUCUAAGACCCAAGGAAAUUCGAAAAUUUAAUGAAGGAUAUAAAGCCUAGUGCGAGUUUGUAUUAUUUUUUAUAACCUAAAAACAUCCAGAAGGUUCUGAAACAUUAUACCUACCGUAGUUUACGUAAGAACAAAAAUAGAGAGAGGUGUUACGUACGAGAAGACAAUUUUUAAAAGUAACUGCACAAUUUCUUGGCAGUGUGUUGAAAGCUGUUCAAAAGAACUUGACAGUCCAAUCUUCAAAUUCAUCGCCAGCACAGAGGUAACGAGUGGCAUUAAAAUGACCAGCACUGUCUUGUGAUACAUGUGACGAACGCGAAAUUUCAGCACAAGUGAAGACCCAGGCUUAAACAGCGAAGAGGCCCACCAAAUGGCAAAUCAGCCGGGCAAAAUUCUGAGGUUUUUCGGCAACCUGGUCAUCAUUCUUCUCUUCUCUGCAAAUGUGGUGGCUGCGUGGAAGGACCUCAGUACCCCUUACUGGUUCUUCAAUUUCAUAAUGUUGGGUGUAGCCUUCUACCUGCUGAACUCCAUAGCAUGUUGCUUCGAAGAGGAUUUCGACACGAGCGAUCUCUUGGGGUCCUACCCCGUCAUAGGCUACAGAACCAGCGACAGCAGCACAAGACAGUCGCCUUCGCCCAUAACUUCGGACGCCUCCAGCUGCGUCUUUGUCAGCAGCGUAGACGAAGCAGUCGAAGCCAUGAGCGACCGGCACCCAAUUCUUCCGAAAAUAGAGGAGAGUCCAGUGAAGAAGUGACGGACUCAUUCCUCGUGUACAUUGUAUAUAAAGAGCGUGUGGUCUCUCUCUCUCUCUCUGACGAAAAAAUGUAAAUAUUUUGACCCGGAGUGAUGACAAUGCAGAGCUCUUUGGUCGCAUCAGUGUGUAUGAAGCCAAUGUUUACUCGCAUAGGAAAGUUGAAAAUAAAAUAAAAGCAGUUAGUUAUUAGUUCCUUAGUAGUUUAUUAAACGUUUUAGAUAGCUAUUCAAAGUUCCAGAUUUUUACUCUCCAUUUGUAAGUGAUUAACUGCAAACUGGUUACCAAUGACAAAUGUUUGCCUUCUUUUUUCUUUUUAAUAUAGAGUGGGUACUUUGCUCUACUGCGCAAGGGUAAGAGUACAAUGUGUAAAAUAUGUAUGUGUUGUGUAAAAUACGGAAGUAGUACAUCAUCUAAGAUGAGUAAUUCCAUCACGUAGCCAGGGUGAUUUCUUGCGCCAUAUUGUGAUAUUUCAAGGUCAAAAUUUACACGAUAAUAAUAAAUGUCUAUCACAUUUC